GCUAUGCAAGGGCUUUUAUGUAAUUCACUCACUCGGCGAAGAAGUCUUUUGUAUCAUUUCAGGUCACGCCACCCAUAUUGCUGCCUCUUGGUGACAACCUCAUGGCUAACAUACACAAUGUGACUGAAUUCAUUUUUCUGGGACUUUCUCCCAAUCAAAAGGCGCAGGGGGUUUGCUUUGUGAUAUUUCUGUUCUUGUACACAGCAAUUGUGCUGGGGAAUUUCCUCAUUGUGCUCACCGUCAUGACCAGCAGAAGUCUUGGUUCCCCCAUGUACUUCUUCCUCAGCUACCUCUCCUUCGUGGAGAUCUGCUACUCCUCUGUUACAGCCCCCAAACUCAUCUCGGAUCUGCUGACUGAAAGGAAAGCCAUUUCUUGGUGGGGUUGCAUGGCACAGCUUUUCUUCAUGCACUUCUUUGGUGGCACUGAGAUAUUCUUGCUCACUGUGAUGGCCUAUGACCGCUAUGUGGCCAUCUGCAAGCCCCUCAGCUACACCACUAUCAUGAACCAGCAGGUGUGUGCUGUCCUUGUAGGAAUAGCAUGGGUGGGAGGCUUCGUGCAUUCCUUUGCCCAAGUCCUUCUCGUCUUCCACUUGCCCUUCUGUGGCCCCAAUGUGAUCAAUCACUAUUUCUGUGACCUGCUUCCCCUUCUCAAACUCGCCUGCUCUGACACCUUCCUCACUGGUCUGCUGAUUGUUGCCAAUGGAGGGACCUUGUCUGUGAUCAGUUUGGGGAUCCUCUUAGCAUCCUAUUUGGUCAUAUUGCUCCAUCUGAGGGCCUGGAGCUCUGAGGGGCGGCGCAAAGCUCUCUCCACCUGCGGGUCUCAUGUCACAGUGGUUAGCUUGUUCUUUGGGCCCUGCAUCUUCAUCUAUCUGAGGCCCUCUACCACUCUGCCUGUAGACAAGGUGUUGGCUGUGUUCUACACGGUGAUAACGCCACUCUUGAACCCUGUCAUCUACUCCCUGAGAAAUGCUGAAAUGAAGAAGGCCAUGAAGAGGCUGUGGAUUAGGACACUGAGACUCAAUGAGAAGUAGAGGCCGAGACUUGGUAUUGAUGCUUGGGUUCAGAAUGAUUGCUGGGUCCAAACUGAAGGCGCAGAAUAGGUUGAAGGGAAAGUUCGCAGGACUUGUUAGUUCCAGAUUAUUCUACCUGGCCUCCCUCUUUUUAAAAAAAGUUCAUUUUAAUCAUUUGGACAAUAUUUCCUUUUGUGGAUGUACUAAUUUAAAUAUACUUUUAUUUCUCUUUCUGCCCCCCAUAUCCUAAAACAACUUAUUAUUAAUUUGAUUGAAAUCAAAUUAUAUUUUAUGUAAGUACUUACAAAUGUAUUUAGAAAUAAUAGACACUAUAAUGCUGUGAGUCUUCCCAUCCAAAACCAUGAUAUGUCUUUCCAUUUGUUCAUGUCUUUUUUUGUGUUCUUCGUAGAGUUUUAACGUUUUUCUCCCCCACAGGUCAUGCACAUUUCAAGGGUUGCCUGUUUGUCUAUUAUAGGGAAUUGUUUGACAUAGGUAUAAAAGCCACCGAUUACACAUAUUAUUUUUUUUGCUACACAUAAUACAUGUCAAUGCCAAUAGGCAUACAACUGUCAUACAGCAAACUCAGUUAAGCCUCCACUCUUUCCUUUGGCAUUCUGAUGAAUACCUUGCAUAAAAGAGUCAUUCUGGGCUGGGUGCGGUGGCUCAAGCCUGUAAUCCCAGCACUUUGGGAGGCCAAGGUGGGUGGAUCACGAGGUCAAGAGAUUGAGACCAUCCUGGUCAACAUGGUGAAACCCCGUCUGUACUAAAAAUACAGCAAAUUAGCUGGGCAUAGUGGCGUGUGCCUGUAAUCCCAGCUGCUCAGAAGGCUGAGGCAGGAGAAUUGCCUGAACCCAGGAGGCGGAGGUUGCGGUGAGCCUUGAUCGUGCUAUUGCACUCCAGACUGGGUAACAAGAGCAAAACUCCAUCUCAAAAAAAAAAAAAAAAAGAAAAAAAAAGAGUCAUUCCAAAAUAGUCUGCAGAAUUAGCCCACCAUCUCGUUGAAUUAGACAACAGAAUCACCAGUUGAACUCACAGGACCAAAUGGAGCUCUUCUUGAAAGGCAUCAGGCUGUGAAGCUUGCUAGAUUCAUUUUGUAACCUUCUUAUUAUUGAAAAUGUAAACAUGUAUCAAAAUAGAUGGUAUAGUAUAAAGAAUCUCUUUUACCCAUAACACAAUUUCAACAGUUAACUCAUGGCCAAGCUUGUUUCGUUUAUACCCCCAUCUACCUCCUCCCACUUUAUAGUCUUCAGUGUCUUUUGCUCCCAUCUUUGUGACCAUGAGUACCCAAUGUUUAGCUCCCACUUAUAAGUGAGAACAUGAUGUAUUUGGUUUUCUGUUCCUGCAUUAAUUUGUUUAGGAUAAAGAUCUUCAGCUGUAUCCAUGUUGCUGCAAAGGACAUACUUUUGUUCUUUGUUAUGGCUGCAUAGUAUUCUAUGAUA